UCCGUCUCCUUCUACUACAAUACAAACCCAAGAAGACGUCAGUAUGGCAGCUAAAAUUCAAACUCAGUUUUGUUCUACAUUUGACAAACCUAAGGACACAAGCAUUCUAACUGUCUUCAUUACUGCAUCCAAUUGUUUUAGAAGUAUUACUGCAAAUGCAUCCAUCAGUUUUAUAAAUGAUAUUUCUCGUUGCAAUUUUACGACUUGCUCAGCUCUUGAAAGUUCCAUAGAUACUCAGCAGCUUGCUAGUACAACAAGUGCUAUUUCGUGCAGCCUUACGUCCGUCGCUCAAAAUCAGUCUGUUUCUUCUAAACCCACCGCUGAUCCGACAGACUACCCUAGAACAAGUCCAUCUAAAUCAAGUAAACAAACAAGUACUCCUACAUCGAUCAAACAAACAAGUGCAACUACAUCAGAUAAACCAACAAGUUCUUCCAUGCAAGCAAGCUCAACUACAUCAGCUAAACAAACAAGUUCAACUAGAGCAAAUCAACAAAAAUCAAGUCAGUCGACAACUUACCAACAGAGAUUGAGUCUAACUACAGAAUAUCGUAAUUUAUCUACCCAUCCAAUGGCAAGAGGAACGUCUCCUCCACCUCAGAAAGAUUCUACCUCUCAAGGUUCUAAUCUUGCAGCGUAUUGA